CUCCACUUCAAACAACCAACCACCACCAUAAAUCAACCACCAUUCCAUCCAUCAACGUCUGUAAACUCCACCCCAAACCCCACCACCUCCGCCACCUCAAACCCUCCCUUCAUCUCCACCACCACUCCAUCUUUGUUGCCGGAAAAUCCCUCACUUCAAUCUCAAGCAAACCCACUAUCCCUCCCACCACACCUACACCCCACACCACAUCCACUCACCCCCAUAUCACACCCAGACUCAUUGCAACACCGCCACGGGGUAGGCGGCGACGCUCAUGGUUUCGGAGAAGGCUACCUUUAUGCAGAAGGAGCAAAGCUGGCAGAGGUUCAGGCGGUGGAGGUCGCCGGAGAGUACUGCCGUGGCGCCACUGCUUACGUUAACAUGGAGUCUGGAGACUGCCAUGGUGAUUACACUGCUGUAUCUGCUCUUAUAAAGGCAGGAAUCAGUAGAGUUGUCAUUGGGAUGAGGUAUCCAUUACAGCAUCUUAGGGGGAAAGCUAUACAUACUUUGAGAAAUGAAGGGCUGCAAGUUGAUGUUCUUGGGGAUAUAGGAAGCGGCUCCAUCGAGUCCAGACUGUCCCCUUUUGCAAUCACAAGAGGCCAAAAGGAGGAGGAGGAGGAGAUUAAACAGGAUCCACUGACGGAGCUCAGAUAUGUUUGGGGAUUAAAAGGAGGAGGAGGAGAUUACCAGUUGAAGAUGUACUAUGAUAUUGUUUAUUCUGUUGUGAGAUUUGGUAUGCCAAGAAGAUUCUGCAAAUCAUAUAAGAUCUUAUUGGGGGGAUGGAGGUAGUUUAGAGAGAGAAAUGAAGAGAUGAGAGAGAGAGAGAUGUAGAUUUAGAGAGAGAGACAAGGGAGAUGACAAAUCUGUGAUGUGUGUGGGUGAUAAAUUAGUUUUUAUUUCUAUUUUUUAAUUAUAGGGGUAAUUUGGUCUUUUAAAAAAUUUUUACUAAAAAAUUCUAAUUGUGUUAGAAAUUUGAACUCAAAUUGUUAAAGAAAAUGCU